AUGUCGGGAAACCUCUUCUCGCUCGAGGGGAAUACCGCGGUGGUCACGGGCUGCACCCGGGGUAUCGGCCAGGCCAUUGCGAUCGGACUGGCCGAGGCCGGUGCCGAUAUCCUCCUCAUCCAGCGGGAUACAUCCAACACGUCAACCAAGGAAGCCAUCGAGGGGCUUGGCCGUAAGGCCACCAUUUACACCGCUGACCUCACCAUCCAGGAGCAGGUUGCCUCCCUGGCCUCCCGAAUAUUCGCCGACGGCCACCAGGUCCGUAUUCUCGUCAACAACGCCGGUGUCCAGCGUCGCCACCCAAGCGAUCAGUUUCCGGACGCCGACUUUAACGAGGUCAUCCAAGUCAACCUCAAUGUCGUCUUCACUCUGUGUCGCGACUUUGGCAAGCACAUGCUCUCCCUGGACCCUUGCCCCACCACCGGUCGCCGUGGCUCUGUCAUCAACAUGGCCUCCCUUCUCUCCUUCCAGGGUGGGCUCACUGUUCCUGCCUAUGCCGCCUCCAAAGGCGCAGUUGCCCAGCUGACCAAAUCCUUCGCCAAUGAGUGGACCGCCCGUGGCGUUACCGUCAAUGCUAUCGCCCCUGGUUACAUCGCCACCGACAUGAACGAGGCCCUCCUCGCGAACCCCGAGCGCCUGCGCAGCAUUAACGAGAGGAUCCCCGCCGGCCGGUGGGGCACCCUGAGGACUUCAAGGGGUCCGUUGUGUACCUCGCCGGCAGGGCGAGUGCUUAUGUUUCGGGCCACGUAUUGGUAG